AUGGGUAAUCAUCAGAACUCAAGACCAGAACCUGCUGACUACGGUGGUGGUUCUAAAGAUGAUGUGCCUCUUAAUAGUACCAAUGAUUUGAGAGCGAAGGAGAAGGAACUCGAAGCCAAGGAGGCUGAGCUGAAUAGGAGGGAAGAGGAACUAAAGAGAAAGGAAGAUGCCAUUGCAAGAGCUAGGAUUUUUCAAGAGGAAAAGAAUUGGCCACCUUUUUUCCCUCUAAUUCAUCACGACAUUCCGAAGGAAAUUCCGCUUCAUCAACAAAGAACACAGUAUGUUGCUUUCACAACGUUGCUAGGUAUAGUAGUAUGUCUCAUAUGGAAUCUUGUAGCAGUGACUGUUGCCUGGAUUGCAGGCGAAGAUCCGGAAAUUUGGUUUCUUUCUGUUAUCUAUCUCAUAACGGGAAUUCCUGGGGCUUACGUCUUGUGGUAUCGUCCAUUAUAUCGUGCUAUGAGGACCGACAACGCUUUCAUGUUUGGAUUCUUCUUCUUCACAUACACAUGUCAUAUUCUCUUCUGCCUAUAUGCUUCUAUUGCUCCUCCUAUGAUCUUCAAGGGGAAAUCUCUUACAGGGAUUCUACCGGCGCUUGAUAUUUUACCCGGUAACACUAUAAUUGGGUGUUUCUACUUUGUUGGAUUUGCAUUCUUCGCUAUUGAAUCAACGAUAAGCAUCUAUGUCAUUCAGCAAGUUUAUAGGUAUUUCCGUGGCAGCGGAAAAGCUCAGGAGGUGAAGCGUGAUGCUAAAAGAUCGACUACGAUGGUAGCAUUAUGA